AUGGCUGACCAAGGUUCUUUGGUCCCCCCGUUGGGAAAGCUAGUUGUUGGCAAUCAAAACCAGAUUAUACUUGUUAAUUUUGACGGCGCCGAGCUUUCUAUAGCUUCCAGAUUUACAAUCCCGAAAUGGUUGCCCAGCUCAAUAUUAUUCAAAGAGCCUAACUUGCUUUACGCUGUAAACGAGAUAGGCACGGAAACUAACAUGUUAAGGAUGGUACCUGACGCUCCGGCCAACGGUCCUCCGGUUGCACCUGACGCUAUAGGCUUCGACAAAUUUUCGUUCGUCAACAAUGCCCAGGGAUCAUAUGGGGGCAACCACCUCGCGUUCAACGCCGACAAGACUCGCAUUGUCGAGACUUGCUACAUAAGAGGCAGAAUCGAUGUCUGGGACAUCUCAGGGAAUGGAAACCUCCCUGUUUUAAAAAAGAGUAUCCGGACUAGAACUGAAAAUGGGCACCAGUGGCCGCAUCAGCGUGAACCAGGGCCACGUCAAGCCAUCCUCGAUCCGACUGGACGCUUUUUUAUUAUACCAAAUCCAGGUACUGAUUCGUUACACGUCAUGGACACCCUGGAUGACAGGUACGAGAUCACGGGCAUUACCGCUGUGCCCAACACAAUCUCGCCGGAGAGCAUCGCUUGGGGCCUCUCUACUGCAAUCGCCUUAAUGCGAAUGGACUACACCGAUGCGAUAAUCCGGUUCACCACGGUCCACUGGGGACACGCCGGUAGGAGAUGGGACCCAGGCGAGUUAAUCAUGUCGGCGUUCACAGGACUCGAAGUCGCCAGAAACCAGCGUGAUGUUUACCUUUGGAAUCGAUUCCCAGGCGAGACCUCAGGCCACAUCGCACAUUUUAGACUCACCGACGAGGGAGGCGUAGGACUUAUUUAUGUCCACAGCAUGCCAACCCGCAACAUACAGCCGCGCAUGGCCAGUCUAAGCGGAGAUGACAGCCAGGAGUUUGUAUUCGUGGCUAACGAGGCUGGCGAAUCGGGUCUUGUCGCAUUUAGGAGAGACCCGGCGACAGGUAGGUUGGAUCCGAACCCGGUCGCAACGUUUCCAAAUGAGCUUCUUGUUCCCUACGGAGCUUCACCGCAUAUACUAAGAGGCGUUCAGUUCGUUCGCGAGCUUUAG